AUGGCCUCCAAACUCAAGGAGCGGAGGAGGACGCCGGUUUCCCACAAAGUGAUUGAGAAGCGGCGGAGGGACCGUAUCAACCGCUGCCUCACCGAGCUGGGGAAGACGGUACCCAUGGCCCUGGCCAAGCAGAGCUCGGGGAAGCUGGAGAAAGCGGAGAUCCUGGAGAUGACGGUGCAGUACCUGCGGGCCCUGCACUCGGCGGACUUCCCUCGCGGCCGGGAGAAGGCAGAGCUGCUUUCCGAGUUCGCCAACUACUUCCACUACGGCUACCACGAGUGCAUGAAGAACUUGGUCCACUACCUGACGACGGUGGAGAGGAUGGAGACCAAAGACACAAAAUACGCCCGCAUCCUGGCCUUUCUCCAGUCCAAAGCGCGCUUCGUCACCGAGCCCCUCUUCACUUCUCUGGGCUCCCUCCCGGAGCCGGACUUUUCCUACCAGCUGCACCCUGGGCCCGAGUGCUCCGGGCACGGCCACAGUCCCGGCGAGGCCGUUCUCCAGCCGCCCUCGGGGGGGCCUUUUCCCUGGCACGGCGCUGCCCGCAGCCCCUCCCUGCCCUACCACCUCCCCAACGCCGCCGUGCCCCUCGCCAGUCCCGGCCAGCAGCGCAGCACCUUCCUUUCCUCCGUGCAGGGGCUGGACCGCCACUACCUCAACCUUCUCGGCCAUUCCCACCCCAAUGCCUUCGGCCUGCCCCCGGGCCAGCACCCUUCCAUGCUAUAG